UUGCAGCCAAGCAGCCUUGGCACGGAGCAAACUCAAUAUCGCGUACACCUGGCAUCAGAAUCUUUAGCCCCUGACUGACAAUUUUAGCGGUUGCUGACAUACUUAGGCGAUUAGUCCCUUAGCUCUCUCGACGAGCUCGGCUAUGGCAGACGAUCACAUACAGCCGUAUAAGUCCCCGGCUCUGGCAGACGAUUUAUUUGAUUCGAUCUCGCCUCCCCCACCUACGCGAUGCCGUGUAGUUAUCGAUCCGUCGCUCUUAACGCGGACGCAGCUCUCCCAGGGCCUCAGCCACAGCCUGAUCGCGCUGCCACGUGGCAUCACCACCGUCAGCCAGCUGGCGAGCCACGUGGUCGAAUCGUUUGGGCUGAAGGCUUCGUGCAAAGCGGGAGUGGCCCUACAGGUGGACGGAUUCGUGCUGCCAGCGUGGCAGCCUCUCUCUGUGGUGGGCCGCAAUGACGUCAUCAGGGUAUGCCGAAUCAACCGCAAGCUACCGCUUACGCCACACACUGAAUCCACUCCUCAGCACCGCACUCCACUGCUCGCGCAGCACCCAGCCUAUGCCUCUCCUCAGUUUCAUGCCCUUCCCGUUGCGAACUACCCUCCCCCGGAUCCCACCUCCCCGUUCCCAGCCCUGGGGUGGGUGGUACCUGGGGGCGGUGAGAAGGCGGUUUCUGGGGGAGGUGAGGACGGGAGAAGUGAGGGAGAAAAGAGGAGUGGUAAGGAAAAGAAGAGAGGAAAGAAGCGGAAGGAGGAGGGAAGGAGGGACGAGGAGGGGAAGGAAACUGCAGUGGAGAAAGAUUUUGAUUCGACUCAAAAUGAGGGGAAGGAAAAUGCGGUGGAGAGGGGGGGCAGUGCGGUGGAGAGGGGGGCCAGUGCGGUGGAGAAGAAAAAGAGGAGAAGGGAAGUUAGGGAGAGGUUGGAAGAGCGAUUGAGGAGAGAGGGGAGUGGGGAGGAGGAGGGUGCUACGACAAACGAAGCAGAAGAUGGAGUGAAGGAAGGUGAAGGGGAGGAGAAAGGGGAGGAGGAGGAGGAGAAAGAGGAGUCGAGUGAGGGAGAAGAGGAGGAAUCGAGUGAGGAGGAAAAGGAGGAGUCGAGUGAGGAGGAAGAGGAAGAGUCGAGUGAGGAGGAAGAGGAGGAGUCGAGUGAGGAGGAAGAGGAGGAGUCGAGUGAGGAGGAAGAGGAGGAUUCGAGUGAGGAGGAAGAGGAGGAGUCGAGUGAGGAGGAAGAGGAGGAAUCUAGUGAGGAGGAAGAUUCUAGUGAGGAAGGGGAGUGUAGAGAGGAAGGGGAUACCAGAGAGGAGAAAGAAGAUGAGUCGAGUGAGGAGGAAGAUGAAGCAGGGUUGAAGGCAAUGGGAGGGGUGGAGGAGGGGGGGGACAAGGGAAAUGUCAAGGGGAAGGAGAAAGGAGAGGCAAAGGGGCAUGGAAUAGAAGUAAAAGGGAGAACGGGUGAAGCCACGAUGAAGCAUGAAGCUGCAGGAGUGGCAAAGGGAGCCCAUGCUUCCGCCUUGGGAGUGAGAAAGGGCCCUACUCGCAACACGAUACGAAAGAGGGCGAAGAGGAGAUGGCUGGCGAAGCAGAGGCAAGCUGCCAAGGAUGCGCUCUACAUGCAGCUGAUGUCAGCAGCAGCAGCAGGCACGGGCACGAACACGGGGACAGAUGGCAAGCAGCAAUUCGUGCUUGUUCCGAAGAUGGUGGAGUCUGACGUGGCACAACUUGAUUCGCUGGCAGCAGAUGGUGAAGCAGCGACAGCAGGUGCAGCAGCAGGGGGGGCAUCGAAAGGGGAGCAACGAGGGGACACUUCUAGGGAGAUGUGUUUUGAGUCGACUCAAAAUACUACUAGGGAGAAGGGGGGGGGGGAUGAAGGCGAGGAGGAGGAGGAGGAGCAAAGUAUGAACGCCCGACCGUUGCCCGUAAUCAACAUGGGUGCAGUGAAGAACAAGAGAAGGGGGCAGGCGUGGGGGCAGCAGCAGCAGCACAGUCUGGAAGGGCGGCUGCUCAGAGGGAGAGGAGGUGGACAGAGAGAGGGGGGCUUCGCGGCAUCUGAAAAUCACCAACAGCAGCAGCGGCAGCAACAGAUGCAGCAGCAGACGCAUAUCAGUAGAGAGGGUUUGGACCGCGGGUCAGUUAAAGGGAGGAGUGAGGAUGGGCAACCAGAGACAGGGGAAUGGCGUUGGGGGAAAAGUGAGAGUGUUGGAGAAGGGAAGGUGAGGGGGAGAGGGAAAGAUGGAGGGAGAGGGAGAGGGAGAGGAAGGGGGAGGGGGGAUGAGGGAGAGGAGCGAGGAGGAAUGCACUGGCGAGAUGGAACGAGGAGGAAGCAGAUGGAGGAGGGGAGGGAAGGGCACUUGCAGCAGGAGCAGCAUCAGCAUGAGCAGCAGCAGCAGGAGCCGCAGCAUCAGCAAGAGGAGGAGCAGCAGUGCCAGAACAAGCUUGAAUUAUUGCUGCCAUUGGAGGGCGCACCUCAGCCUGGGGACGUCAUUGCCUACCGCAUCAUCACACUGUCGCAUGUCACUUGGACGCCUGAGCCUUCCCCGUUUCGGCAAGGCCGAGUGGUCACUUUCGACCCCUCUUCGUCACACAUCCACCUGGCACCUGUGGGGUCUGGUGCGACAGCUGGCGGCCUCUCAUUGGCUGAGGGGGAGGGAGACGAGGAUGAGAUGGAGUUUGAAGCUCCUUAUGACGAGUCUGGGCAGCUUAAGGCGGAGCUAUCCUCUCUUCUAGAUCUGCGCCUCGUGUCACGAACCGACACAAGCCAAACUCCUGAAGCCAUCACUCCACCGACCGCGGCCCAAACUACCUCUCUACUCCCGACUCCUGCUGCCGCCAUUCCACCUUCAAAACCCUCGGGUGUUGAGUCAAUGGUUGCAUUAGUCCCUUGUGCUCCUCCCCCUUCCUCCAACGCUCCCACAACUGCUCUCAACUCUGCAAACCUCCACGCUCCUGCCGAUGAUUCUUCCACUCCUAACGCCAGCGCUGCCACUCCUGCUGCUGCUGUCGCCAGUACUGCUGCUCCUGCUGCCCCUGCUGCCACUCCUGCCGCUCCUGCCGCUCCUGCUGCUCCUGCCACUCGUGCCACUCCUGCCACUGCUACCACGACGACCUCAUCCCUCCCACCUCCUUCCCCUGUGUCUGCUGCAGCGGCGUCGCGACAUGUGGCUAUUGCUGCCGCUCCUGCAGGAGCGGCAGCAUCGAGGUGGAAGCAGUGGGAGAGCGUGGCUAGGAUGCUGGAGGAGAGGAGGAGAGCGCUGAUGGGGGAACAGACUGGGAUGCAGCAGGAUAGCCAUCUGAGUGAUGUGGAGGUUGAAGAUCAGCCGCAGCGGGUGCAGCAACAGAAGCAACAGCCGCAGGAGAAGCAACAGCAGCAGCAGCAGCAGAGGCAGCCGCAGCAGCAGCAAAAGCAGCAGGAGGAGGAUGGUCUGGGUGAAGGUGGGGAACCAGUAGCUGAGUGCAUAACCACCCACACCCCUCGCACCCCUGCCCAACUUGUAACCAGCCCAGCUCCAGUUGUAACCAGCCCUGCUCCAGAUGUUACAGGCACAGCAGCCACAGAUGCACCCAGCUCUGCCCCUGUGGGGGGAACCAAAGGCCAGGGCAAGACAUCAGGUGGGGUUGCUAGUGGUGGCAAGACAUCAGGUGGGAUUGCUAGCGAUGGCAAGACAUCAGGUGGGGUUGCUAGCGGUGGCAAGACUAUGAGGUACAGAGGGAGGAAGGCAGCAGGUUUGGCAGCGACACUUGCUCUGAUGAGACAGGGAGGGGGGAUGUAAGGCGGGGAGGAGCUCAAGGGCCUAUUGAAUGCCGCAAUUGCAGGCAAGGUGAGGGAUGUGAAUGCUAGCGGUGGCAAGACUAUGAAGUACAGAGGGAGGAAGGCAGCAGGUUUGGCAGCGACACUUGCUCUGAUGAGACAGGGAGGGGGGAUGUAAGGCGGGGAGGAGCUCAAGGGCCUAUUGAAUACCGCAAUUGCAGGCAAGGUGAGGGAUGUGAAUGCUAGCGGUGGCAAGACUAUGAGGUACAGAGGGAGGAAAGCAGCAGGGUUGGCAGCGACACUUGCUCUGAUGAGGCAGGGAGGGGGGACGUAAGGCGGGAGCUCCAUGGCCCUUGGAAUACCGCAAGGAAGCCCAGGCAAGGCACCGGGUGGGGUUGCUAGUGGAAGGAAGACCAUGAGGUACAGAGGGAGGAAGGCAGCAGGGUUGGCAGCAACACUUGCUCUGAUGAGGGAGGGAGGGGGGACGUAAGGCGGGAAGUAAGUAGCUCUAGGGCCUAGUGAAUACCGAAUGCAGGGGCUUUAGGUAUGAUUCGGCUCCAACUGGUCUCGUCUGGCGGCUUCGAUCAGGCGAGGAGAGAUCGAAUGAAAGCAAUUUCUGUGACAAGGAUGGUUUGAGGUUGAAGGCGUCUCAUUUUUUGUCCGAAACCAUAGAGGUGAUUAUCAUCAAUGGCAAGUUGAAAUGAAACGCCAUGACAUGAUGGUGCGUGUGAGUGACGGAUCAGAUCAGAACUUCAGUUCAGACAUGGCUGUCAUAACAAUCAUGCAGUUAAUGCAUUACCUGUACC